UCGUUCCUGGGGCUGCUGGUGUUGGUGACCCAGCAAGACAGUGAGACUGUACGCUGUGGGAGCCAUGUUGAUGCCUGUUUUUGUGUCAAACGGUACACUUUGGAUGGUUAAAGGACUGCCUCUGAUAGACUGGAAGCCAGAGCGGUGAUUUCCCAACCGCUAUGAGAAGAGCGUACCUCGCUGGGAUGGUACAGAGCGCGCUCGAGGAGAACGGGUUUUAAUUCACCGGGCAGCUGAUUCAAAGCAAAUGAAGUUGAUGCUAGUUAGCUUGCUAGCAACAGCUGUGCAGACGCUGCGUGGGAUGCAGUUUCUGGAUUCUUACAAUAUUCUUCCUCAGUUUGUUGCCUUUUGCUGAGCGGACGUCAACCCGGCAAUUGGGACUCGCUUCUUAAACCGCUCCUUUAGCGCUGUUGAUUUUUUUAUAUAUAAAAGAUGGCUUUGUAAAGCUAGCUAACGUUAGCAUGCUGACAACCAGUCCGCAUCUUUCGUCACGACUGUUUGUUAGCUGAUGGGGUUCUAACUUGGUGUCUCUCUAGGGCUGUUUGCCACUAGUUUGAGGGAGGAAAAUAGCUUAAAUAAGCCAAAUAGAAUUAUGGUGGUGAAUUCCGUCUCCGGACAAAACUACCUGUUCGCCUCCCCAGCCUGCCGAUGAGCAGCUAACGGGUUUAGCAGCAGAACUUUGCUCCAGCGGGUGUCUCACAAGCUGCAGAGCCCUCUUUUUUUCUCCCCCUCCUUAACCGAGCCCUUACCCGAAGCAAGCUGGCGGCCCUUCGAGUAGAAGCCGAGGACAAGGAGCUGGGGCCCAUGGCCUGGGUGCUGAAGAUGGACGAUGCCACUAUCGAGUCGGGGCUGGUGCACGACUUCGAUGCUAGCUUGUCUGGCAUCGGGCAGGAGCUCGGGGCUGGAGCUUACAGCAUGAGUGAUGUGCUGGCUCUGCCCAUCUUUAAGCAGGAGGACUCCAACCUUCCACCUGAAAGCAAGACCAAAAAUCCUCCAUUCCAGUAUGUGCUGUGUGCUGCCACCUCGCCUGCUGUCAAGCUGCACGACGAGACGCUUACUUACUUAAAUCAAGGCCAGUCUUAUGAGAUCCGUAUGUUGGACAACAGAAAGGCGGGGGAGCUGCCAGAGCUCAACAACAAGAUGGUGAAGAGCACAGUACGGGUAGUGUUUCACGACCGGCGGCUGCAGUACACGGAGCACCAGCAGCUGGAGGGCUGGAGGUGGAAUCGUCCUGGGGACCGUCUCCUUGACAUCGAUAUCCCCAUGUCAGUGGGCAUUGUUGAGCCCAAGACUCACCCCUCCCAGCUCAACGCUGCAGAGUUUCUGUGGGACAUGAACAAAAGAACUUCUGUUUUCGUGCAGGUGCACUGCAUCAGCACAGAGUUCACUCCCAGGAAGCAUGGCGGAGAGAAGGGCGUCCCCUUCAGGAUCCAGAUCGACACCUUCACCCAGGGAGACGGUGGAGAGUACGCAGAGCACCUCCACUCCGCUUCUUGUCAAAUUAAAGUCUUCAAGCCAAAAGGGGCCGACCGUAAGCAGAAGACUGACAGGGAGAAGAUGGAGAAGCGUACCCCUCAGGAGAAGGAGAAAUACCAACCUUCCUAUGAUACCACUAUCCUAUCAGAGACGAGGCUUGAGCCCAUCAUUGAAGAUUCGGGCGACCAUGAGCUGAAAAAGUCCAGCAAGCGGACACUUCCCGCUGAUUGUGGUGACUCCUUGGCCAAGAGAGGCAGUUGCUCCCCAUGGCCAGACGCCGCCUACACCAGCACCAACCAGGCAGCUACCCCUUCCUUCUCCUCCACCCCUCUCUCCACCUACACCACCUCCUCUGUGCUGGACAGUGACUCAUCCUCCCCCAAUCACCAGGUGGAUCCUGGUGGCCACAACAACUCAGAGUUGAGCCCCACUGCCUCCAUACAGGACACGCAGAAGUGGCUGUUGAAGAACCGCUUCAGCUCCUACACUAGACUCUUCUCUCAUUUCUCAGGUUCUGAUUUAUUGAAGUUGACCCGGGAGGACCUGGUCCAGAUUUGUGGGCCAGCAGAUGGGAUCAGACUCUUCAAUGCACUCAAAUCCAGGUCAGUGCGUCCCAGAUUGACAGUGUACGUCUGUCAGGAGUCUCCUCAGGGGAGCCCUCUGCUGGAGAGACACUGCACAAUUGAAAAUGGAGAACACCAGAGCUCUGCUAGUUUACAUGUGUACCAUGCUCUGUAUUUAGAGGAGCUCACAGCUGCAGAGCUCAUCCGUAAGAUUGCAUCUGUGUGUGGCAUUCCUUUGGGAAGGAUCCACCAAGUGUACAGGCAGGGUCCUACAGGCAUUCACAUCCUGCUAAGUGACCAGAUGGUUUACAACUUGUCUGAUGAGAGCUGUUUUUUGAUCAGCACUGUCAAAGAUGAGUUGGGCGAAGGAAUUCAUCUAAUCUUGAAGUAGUGAGGAGCACAGAUGGCGUCACUAAUACUCCACGCUCUGCUUUGAAACAGAAGCCUCCUUCUGUCGCUCUGCAUCCUCCCCGUCUCUCUUUAACGAUCACUCGAUGGAGCGCAGUGACUGCGCUAAAGCCAAGUAAAUGUUAGAAUCUGACAUGGGUGUGACCUCUGUUUCAUAUUGAAAACAUUAUUAAAUGAAGGAGAUCAGUUACAACGUAGAGAUUGGGGAGGAUUUGAGAUCAGGGGGGUAUUUGACAUUGUUCUGUGUAUUUUGAUUUAUUUUUUUUUAUAUAUAUAUAUAUAAAUAUAUAUGGUUUCUGUGUGGAAAUGGGAGGGUGCAGGCUCCAAGGGAGAGGGGUGGAUGGUGCUUUGGCAUGCAAGAGACAGCAGGAAGUAAAAAAGUCACCUUAUUGCUUGUUGCCCUUCCUAUACAACCAGCGUUAGGCCAGUAUUUGAUGAAACUGUACUGCUGAACAGCAUGCAAUCCAUACCAAGUUGCUUGAAAAAGAAACUUACUCUGCUUACUUAACAUUGUUUGACAGGGAUGUCUUAAUUAACCUUUCUCUAAUUGGCUGAGCGUGUUAACUCAGAAUAUUCAGGGUAAAUGGGUGGAAGUGCUCUCAUCUUUUGGCUUUUUUUGUUAAAUAAUUUUAUGAGCUAAUAUCACCUAGUCUCACACUUUGUGAUAUAAGCUUACAGCCAUAUAUCUGUCUGCAUAACGUCUCUUUGAAGCUCAGCUAAUGUACGUCCAUAUGGCCUGUGCUUUUACAGCUUUUAGUUAAUCCUUUGAGUCAGCUCUUUCUGUUGCUCUUACUGAAUUUACCCUUUCUGGUGCCAUACAGGCUCAUUAGCUUAGCUUUUUAUUCCAAAAUAUACACAGAGUACAUUAACGUCAUUAUUUGACUCCUCUGUUUUUAUUAAAACACUGGUUUACAGAAUUCUGGAGAAAUGAAUAGGAAAUUGGUAGAUAAAACCCCUCUGUGAUGCUGUCCAAUGGAGCAUUAGUGCCUAUCCCGGAAAAAGGAAAAAAACAUACUUUAUAGUGGACCAAAUAGGCAAUGACUGAUAAUCGUGCUCUGAGAGGAAAUAAACCACAGUGAACUUUGAAUUUGUGCAAAUGUUAGGAGUUUAAACUGGUAAAGAAGUAGGGGGAGUUAAACAGCUAAAUUUGCACUGGUGCCUAAACCUUGAUUCCAGAUCAGUUUUAAAGCAAGCAUUAUGCAUCAGGUGAUUAACAAAUCAUUGAAUAAUUAGUUUAGGUAAUUGAUUUGAAAAGAUACAGCUUCAUACAGACCAUUAAACAGUGAUCUUUUUUUUUCUCUCUUCCCACCCCAUUUGAAAUGUUUUUUUCUUUUUUUUUUUUAUGACCAAAAAUCCAGUUUUUCAGAAAACUGAAGUAUUACACAAGACCAAUGUUUGUUUUUUUCAUCCCCACCAAGUUCAGAAAUGUUGAGGCCUAUGCAGUCAGGUUCAAAUCUUGAUGGUAGAAUCUAAUGCCCUCUAUGAGGAGGGUAAGCUACAAUAGGUCACUGCUUUAAAAGCUGACUAUUCAGAGGGCUGCAUCCGGACGUGUUCAUGGAAAGUUUAGUGGAAGAAAGAGAGGAGGGGUUGUUGAAGUUAGACGAGUUGCUUCAGAUCAUCACUAUUGAACCUUUCUGACCCAUAACCAACUUAGUUCCUGCUCCUUACCACUUUUUCACCUCAUUUUAACAGCUAAAUUAAAUGCAGCAUUUUCUUUAACAUAAAAAAGGACUUUGGACCACUAAGCAAUCAGACCUCUUUCUCCUACAUCUAGAGAAAAUGCCUCUGCCAUAUCUGGUUUAAGAGAAGCUUGCCUUCAUCUCCAAGGUACAUCUUUUGGAGGUGACUCUUAGAAGUGAGUCUAGCUGCAGUCAACAUCUUAAAAAAUGUCUCAACUCUCGAUUAAGCAUGGCUUCACAAUAUUCUCAAGAAUGUACUUUUGCACUUUAAGUAUUUUUUUUUUCUUCCACUCAACUUUUUAUAAAUACACGUAACUACGGCUCUACAAUUAGCCAGCUUCUUUAGGGUUUCAAUGACUUGGUUGUGUGGACCAUAAAAUGGCCAUAACAUUAAACUUGUGUAUUCAACCCCCUACUUUUUUUUUUUUUUUUCUUUUGGUCUAAUGUUGUAUUCUGAGAAUUUGAAAUUUAUGGUUUCAGUGGAUGUAAGCCUUGUUUAUCAGAGUUGGAAUAUGUCUCUGUUUAAUGAAUCGGAGUUUCACUUUAUGAUUUCUGGCAGAAAUGUUCUCCAUGAUUGAUUUUUCUAAAUGACUCAGAUGCUCCUGUGUGCAGCAGGACAGUGGUAAUAUGCCACUUUUUGAUUACAAAAUAAAAGGUUGGUGGUGUACCCUAGCACAGAACAUACAUGUCAUGUGUUUAGAGUGGCCUUACUGAAAAGUGAAAGAAAACCUUGCGACUCUGGAGGCUCUGCUUUGCUUCCAGUUUGAUCCGUUUUGGCAUUUUUGAAGAGGUUUACAUGUGAAGGUGUCAGAAUGUGUGUGUGCAUGUGUAUCCUUUUGUUCAUUAUGUCUGAAACUUUUUUUUUCUGUUAGUAAAAGAAGUUGUGUUUAGCUUGCUACGUAGUGAAGAAGAGCAUGUGGAUAUUUGAGAGACCGAUAAAAUUUGUCACUGAGUGUAUCCCCUUUCUUUCCCCCUCGUUAUUUUUCCAUACAUUAGAGACCAAGCCUGCACUGAAGAAAAUCACAAACUUCUAGCUCGAUGUGUAGUCAGUAGUCCUACACCCCUUCCCCCUCAACAUCCUUUUCUAACUAGAUCAGAAAGAGAUCGCCAAAACUCUUAAGGCUUUGAAAGCAGCUGUUUGUGUCUUGACAUGCACCAGAGCCAAGACUGUAGCUCUUGAGGUGUUUAUAUAGACAUGAGUGCUACGGCAGAGAAACCUGUGUUCAUCUGACUAAUUAGAAUAAAGAUGGAUGUAAAAAGAAUGGAAAAUUUAGUCUACAGAAGGCAUUACCUUGAGUUCUGCCAUCUGUGUGAGCACGAGCCAGAAAGAGGUGACCACUGUUAACCUGAUGCUUCUCAUGUGCACAGUAUCAUAUGCUGGAGAUGUACACAACCACAUGUGCUGGGAAUAAAUAAUUUCAU